AUGGCAAAUAGACAAAAUUCAUCUUCGGUUGUUAUUCUUAAUAAAGAAAUUGAUCAAAUUAUUGCUUUAUGUACACAUAUUAAUCAAAUGGCUACAAAUUUACGUGUUGCUCAUUUAUCAAAUAUAUCCUAUGCUACGAAAAAUAUUGAAACAUGUUAUCAAACACUGCUAUCGAUGGCUGAAGAUAUUGAAGGUUCAGCUCUAUUACUUGAAACGUUAUUACCUAUCGAACAAAAAAAUUUAUUAUUGAUUAAUAAAACGAAAUCAAAGAGAAUUCAUUAUACUCGAGAUGAAUUAUUAGAACGACAAAAAUAUGUUACAUCGACAUUAAAGGAUCAAGUUGGAAAUUUAUUAAAACAAGUUGUUGAUUGUGAAUCGAAUGAUUCUGUUAGUAAAGACAGACAAUCAUGGAGAGAUAUAAGAACAAUAUUAAUGUAA